CUAUUCAGGCUUACAACGCUUAACCGAUUUCGAUGAAAUUAUUAGGUACUGAGAUAAUUUGAGGACCGAGGAAGGACAUAGGAUAAGUAGAUUUUACCAAACAAGUUUUGAAGAUUGAAACGAUUAAUGCGCCGCAGUGAGCUUUCCAUUAAUGUCACAGGGUGAAAACGCGUAAAGAAGUUACUAGGAAGCAACACCCUGAAUGCGUCAUACAUUUCAAUUAGUAAUCAAGACAUACAGCGUAUCUAAUACACCGCAACGAAUCGCAGAAAAAGAAUAACAUUAUAUUGAUUUAGUUGUUAUCAUUCUGUUGUCCAUAUCAUUACUCAUUCUACCUGCGACCAUGUACAAAAUCAUAUUUCUCUUUUCAACGGUUUUCGCGAAAUUAGACAAUCCAAAUCAUGAUUAUAUAUUUCACGAGCUGUUUAACAGUUUGCAAGAGAUUCCGAGAUUUAGAGUUGCUUCGCCGCCGGUGGAUGCUUGGGUUUUAAGCUUGAAUAGUGACGUGGAUUCGUUGAGAUUGAGACAAGUGUCGGGGGAAGAGGCGCGGGAGGUGUUUGGUGCUCAGUUAAAUGAUGGUCCCAGUGCUCCCAGUUAUCGUCAGCCCAGGAAGAACAAAGAAUCUAAAAAACCGUCUAGACGAGCUAUGCCUGUAGUGGAUGAAAAAACUAUGCUUGCUGAAAUAAUGAGAGUUAUUAACAAAUUCGCUCUGACUACCCAAGAUGAAGCAGAAGUAAACAUAGACGAUGCAGAUAGGGGGCUCCCUUCAAUAAAGCUAUACUUCAAAGGCGCGCACACUUCACUAGUAGUCCGUGCGGAAGGGAGACGGUGGCACUACAUCAUCGGCCCUCCCUCUCUGUUCCCCGAAUGGUUUCACGAAGAGCACGAAGUUCAACAGGACGCAAUCGGCCUAUACGUCGAUGUUCCUAAAGAUGUGAGCGGCGAGUUUUAUAACGCUCUCCUUCGUUUGUUGACCAUGUUUAUUAGUUUUCCAGUUUAAGCAA